AUGGCACAAAACAAAUUUUUAGAUUCGGCAGAGGUUGCGAAACACAACACUGCCGACAGCUGCUGGGUCGUCCUCUAUGGCAAGGUGUACGACGUGACUGACUUCGUUCCCGAACACCCUGGAGGCGCGAGCAUUAUUCUGAAAUUAGCCGGUAAGGAUGCGACCGAAGAAUACGACCCGAUUCACCCCAGCGGGACGUUGGAGGAGAAUCUGCGGCCAGAAGCCUGCAUUGGCGCCGUCGACCCCGAAUCGCUGCACAAGUUGAAACCCGUCAAGGCCCAAAGACCCGCACAGGCCCGCGAAGGCCCCCCGCCGCUGUCGACGCUGCUUAACCUCGACGAUAUCGAGCGCGUGGCCACGCAGCAGAUCAGCCGAAAGGCCUGGGGCUACUACUAUUCUGCUGCCGACGAUCUCAUUUCCAAGUCCCUCAACACUACUGUCUAUCGCUCCAUACUCCUACGCCCUCGGGUUUUUGUAGACUGCGAAAAAUGCGACCUCUCCACCACGGCGCUGGGCUACAAGAUCGGCUCGCCCAUCUAUGUCUCGCCAACCGCAAUGGCGCGUCUGGCCCACCCCGCCGGCGAAGCUGGCAUUGCCGCCGCCUGCUCGAAAUUCGGCGCGAUGCAGCUCAUCUCCAACAAUGCCUCCAUGACACCCGAGGAGAUCGUCAAGAACGCGGAUCCCAACCAAAUUUUUGGGUGGCAGUUAUAUGUGCAAACGGAUAAGCGCAAGAGUGAAGCCAUGCUGGCACGCAUCAAGAAACUCAAGCCUAUCAAGUUUGUUUGUUUAACGUUGGACGCAGCGGUACCCGGGAAGCGAGAGGACGACGAGCGAACGCAGGAUAUUCCAAACUCUAGUGAAACGCUGGAGUUGGUCAAGGACGCUGGCGGUACACCUGCCUCUGGCGCCAGCGGUAUUGGAAAGCAGCUGUUUGGUGGCACUGACCCGUCGUUAACGUGGAAGACGACACUGCCCUGGCUGGCACAGCAUACCGAUCUUCCCAUUGUUCUCAAGGGCCUUCAGACCCAUGAAGAUGCAUACAUUGCUUCACUUCAUACCCCACAAGUCAAAGGCAUCAUUCUCUCCAACCACGGUGGCAGAGCCUUGGAUACUGCACCUCCGGCAGUGCAUACACUGCUGGAGAUGAGGAAGUUUUGUCCAGAAGUUUUUGAUAAAUUAGAAGUUUGGAUUGACGGAGGAGUUAAACGUGGUACAGAUGUUGUGAAGGCGCUAUGUCUGGGUGCCAAGGGUGUUGGUAUUGGGAGGCCCGCUCUUUUUGGCCUGGGAGCUGGUGGGGUUGCGGGCGUAGAAAGGGUCUUGCAGAUUCUCAACGAUGAAACCGCAACUGCUAUGCGUCUUCUAGGAGUGGAGAAGGUGGAGGACCUCGGCAUGCAGCAUAUCAAUGCUCGAGCUGUUGAACAGCUUAUAUACGACGGCCCAGCCGGGCUCAGCGUUCUCGGAACGCUUCUCAAGGCUAAGAUAUGA